AUGUUCUCCAGUGACUCCAACCCAGGAGGCCUUUCAGCGCCCGCCCGCCUCCCAGACCAGGCCACCCUCCCCGCCACCAUCACAGAGACGAACCCAUUCUACAUCGACAUGAGCCAAGGUACGCACCGCAAGGCCCUCUCACCCUUCGCCUCCACCCUCACCCGUCGAAAGAAGCCCACCCUCCGCCCUCGCUCCUCGGCAGAGAUCCUCGCAGAGCUACAAGUCGAACAAAAUAAUCGUCCCGCAGAACACGUCGCCUCCCGCCCCUCAACACCAACUCCCUCCCGUCCUCCACGAAUCCCCAAGACGCCAUCACCAAGGUCACCGCGUAGCAGCAGUAGCAGCCCUUCCCAGAACUUCAUAACUCCAGAAAGUAACCACAACACACCCCACAAGCGCACCAUCCUACCCCCCACCCCCGCCGUCACCUCCUCAACCUCCUCGCACCGCAGCAUCGACGUAGACGGCGACAUCCACAUGAAAAACACGACCCCAGAAACUCAUCCCCAACAACACGCCCUCCGCGCUCUCGUAACGCAGGUAUUUCACGACACCUUCUCCCUCGAACGCACUCGACUCAUAGACGAGAUCCGUAGACAGGUUCUCACUGCCCUAGAACGACAGAUUGGACCGCUUGUAAGGGAAAACUUUGAGGCUGCGUUGGCGGAGGCGUUGGAGGAGCCGUUUGAAGAGGGGGAGGGAGGGAGGAAGAGGGAGGUUGCUAUUGUUAGGGUUGUGAGGGAGCGGUUGAGGGGGUUGAGUUGUAAUGAGCUCGUCGAGGUUUUUUGUAAUGAGGAGGUUUUGGGGGUGCUUAGAAGGUUGGUUGGGGUUGUUGAGGCGGAGGUCUUGAUGCAGAGUUGGGAUGUUGUUGGAUGA